UUCGCGCCUUCCCAAAUCUUUUCAAAUACCUCUCUCUCACUCGCUCGUUUUGAGAAGCCGACGCCAUUGAUGGAUCAGCAAGGAAGGAAGAGGGCUUUAGAGCUAGAACAGCCAGAGGAAUCGGAAGAUAUUCAGAACGGCCCUUACCAUGUUGAACAACUUCAGGCGUCCGGAAUUGCUGCUAUCGACAUCAAAAAGCUUAAAGAUGCAGGGUUGUGCACUGUAGAAUCAGUGGCAUACGCUCCAAGGAAAGAGCUUCUGCAAAUAAAAGGAAUUAGUGAUGCAAAAGUUGAUAAGAUCAUUGAGGCAGCUUCGAAAUUGGUUCCGUUGGGCUUCACAAGUGCCACCCAACUACACGCCCAAAGGCUUGAAAUAAUUCAAAUAACAUCUGGAUCUAAAGAACUGGACCGAGUUUUAGAAGGUGGUGUUGAAACAGGUUCUAUAACUGAAUUAUAUGGGGAGUUCCGCUCUGGAAAGACUCAACUAUGUCAUACACUCUGUGUGACUUGCCAACUUCCAUUAGAUCAAGGUGGCGGUGAGGGGAAAGCUAUGUACAUUGACGCUGAAGGGACAUUCAGACCACAGAGAUUACUUCAAAUAGCUGAGAGGUUCGGGCUGAAUGGUGCUGAUGUUUUAGAGAAUGUGGCCUAUGCCCGAGCUUAUAACACUGACCAUCAGUCGAGGCUUCUGCUUGAAGCUGCAUCAAUGAUGGUAGAAACAAGGUUUGCCCUCAUGAUUGUAGAUAGUGCUACUGCUCUUUAUAGGACAGAUUUCUCCGGAAGAGGGGAAUUGUCAGCUAGGCAAAUGCAUCUUGCAAAGUUCUUGAGGAGCCUUCAGAAGCUAGCCGAUGAGUUUGGGAUUGCUGUUGUUAUAACUAACCAAGUUGUGGCACAAGUGGAUGGCACAGCAGUUUUUGCUGGUCCUCAAAGCAAACCCAUAGGUGGCAACAUCAUGGCACAUGCUACAACAACAAGACUAGCUUUGAGGAAAGGAAGGGGAGAGGAGCGUAUAUGCAAAGUAGUGAGCUCGCCGUGUCUCGCGGAGGCUGAAGCCAGAUUUCAGAUUAGUACAGAUGGAGUAACAGAUGUUAAGGAUUAGUGCAUAUCUCUGUAUCUCAAACAAACAAGAACUCACUGCCUUUAUUCACGUCCAAAUCCUUAAAAUGAUCAUUUUUUUGGCAAUGAAUUAGCCCCACUCGGGCUUUUAUAAGCAA